AGUAAAUUGUUAUCCAUAUAAAAUAAAACAAUAUUUGAGUACUAGAAAUAAUUUUAGAACAACUCAAAAAAAUGAACUUUUAUUUUUUUUCUUCUAAAUUAGGCACAAUAAUAAUUUCUAUUUUGUUGUCUAUUUAUAUAACUGACGGUAAAAGCAAUUAUAAUAAUGAUCGUUGUGCUGAUCGUGGGGAUCAUUGUAAUGAUAAUUACAAUCCAUGUUGUGGCGAGAACCUAGUGUGCAAAGAAAUAGGAUUAGUGAAAAACUAUAUAUGCAUGGAUAAAACUGUGUUAGGAAUGUCUUGCACUAAUGAUAAAGAUUGUAGUGCGGUACUGGAUUCAAUAUGUUCAAACAAUAAAAAAUGUAUUUGUAAGCUAAAUCAUGUACAGUUAAACCCAACAACUUGUGCACCAAUGUUAGGUGAAUUCUGUGAUAAUAAUAGAAUAUGUGGAGUCAAUCAUUCUAUAUGCAUUGAUAAUCUUUGCAAAUGUAAAAUCGAUUUUUUGCCUCGAUCCCAAGUUCAAUGCUUGCCGAAAAUACUGAAGUUGCAUUGUGAAAAUGAUACAAUGUGUGAUGCCAUAAAAUUUGCGAAAUGUUCAAGAAAUAAAAUUUGUACCUGUUCAUCGAAUACUCUGCUGACCAGAGAAAAUCGAUGUGCACCUAUUUUAGAUGGUUCUUGUUGGAACGAUAGUGAUUGCAUGACUAAUAAUUCAGUCUGUAUCCAUAAUAAAUGUCAAUGUCAAACCGGAUUUGUACGACGAAAUGAAAACACCUGUAAUAAAGGUCAUUUAGGUAUGUUUUGUCGAUCUGAUAAAGAAUGCAAUGAUAUAAUAGAGCAUUCAAUAUGCUUGAUAAAUAAUAAAUGCUUCUGCGAUUUUGAUUAUAUCCCAAUAAAUGGUACUAUCUGUGCACCAAUCAUUAAUAAAAAUUGUUUUUAUGAUGAUCUAUGUGCUACAAAAAAUUCGGAUUGUAUUGAAAAUAAGUGUCAAUGUAAACCUGAAUACACAUUCAGCAUUGAUAAAUGCAUACCAAAAUAUUUAAAUGAAUCCUGCGAUGAUGAUCAAGAAUGUGAAAAAAUUGAUAAUUCGAAAUGUUCGGUAAAUAAAAAAUGUGUCUGUAAACAUAAUUAUAGUCGAUUAAAUGAAACAUCAUGUUGGCCAAAACUAACCGGAUUAUGUAUGUCAGAUGAACAAUGUACAGUAACUAAUUCCGUUUGUGUUAAUAAACGCUGUCAAUGUAAAUCACAUUAUCUUGCUGUAUUAAAUGAAGAGUGUCUUGCAGUUAAUUUGGGACAGAAAUGUUUGAUAAAUAGUGAUUGUCGAAAAAUAUCGCAUGCAAUAUGUUCUGAUGACUACUACUGUGUUUGUCGAUUAAAUUAUGCUCAGUUCAAUGAUACAACUUGUGCUGUAAAAAUGAACGGGUAUUGUGAAAACGAUAAACAAUGUGUAUUCGAACAUUCUUUUUGCAAUAAUACUGAAUGCCAAUGUAAAUCUGGUUUUAUAUUACGGAAUGACAAUGAAUGUACAUCUCAUUACGUAGGAAAGUCAUGUGUGACUAACAGAGAUUGUAAUGAGAUUCAAUACGCAGAAUGUUCGGACAAAAAAAAAUGUGUUUGUAGAGAAAACAAUGUUCAGUUGGAUAUAAUUACAUGCGCGCCAUUAUUGGGUGAAUUUUGUUGGAAGAAUGAAACAUGUGCCACCGAUAAUUCUAUUUGUGUUGAUAGUGAAUGUCAAUGUAAAGUUAACUACUUAGAACGAUUCAACCAAUGCUUACCAAUUAAUUUGAGACAACCAUGUGAAAUUGAUAAAGAUUGUCAAUACAUAAAAUAUGCAGUGUGUUCGAAAAAUAAAAAAUGUAUUUGUAAACCCAAUUACAUCACUGUGCAAGAAACAAAAUGUGAAGCUCUUAUUAAUGAAGCUUGUGAUAGAGAUGUUGACUGCUUUCCAGAGUAUUCUCUUUGUUUUAAUAAUAAAUGUCAAUGCCAUGAAAAUUUCAAAGUUCGAUCUAACCAAGAAUGUGAAAUACUAAAUGACGAAGAUGUCUGUCUUGAAAACAAUGAUUGCCAAGGAAAAAAAAAUUCAAUCUGUUCAAAAGACGGGUUAUGUAUCUGUAAAUUGAAUUAUGUUGCAUUAAGUGCAACAAUGUGUGCACCGCUUUUGAACGAACCCUGUCUAAUGAAAAAUUCAUGCGCUACUAUUAACGCUGUUUGCAUUAAUGGUACAUGUCAAUGCAAACCACAUUAUACACCAAAACUCAACAAUUACUGCAAACCGCUUCACUUAGACAUGACUUGUAUGCGUAAUAGCGAUUGUAGUAAAAUAAAGUAUGCAAGAUGUUCAGAGAAUAAAACAUGUAUUUGUAACGAGAAUUACGUCAGGUUAAAUGAGACAACAUGUGUACCAGUAAUCGGAGGCAAUUGUUCGUUAAAUGAACAUUGUGCGGUGGACAAUUCAAUUUGUAUUGAUCAAGUAUGUCAAUGUAGUCCUAAUUUCACUCAUAUAUCAAGAACGAAGUGUAUACCAGAAUUUACGUUGAAAUUUUGUGUCAACCAUAAUGACUGCAGCGAAAUUAAAAACGUAGAAUGUUCAGCUGAGAAAAAAUGUGCUUGCAAAUCAAAUUAUAUUUUAACAAAUGGAACAAUGUGUGCACCACUUAUAGGCGGACUUUGUUCCUCGACUAAUGAUUGUGUAACUGAAAAUUCCGUUUGUGAUAAUAAACAAUGUCGAUGCAAACAUUAUCAUGUGUUGAAUUCAAAAAUCCAAUGUGUACCAAUAACAUUAGGAAAACCAUGUAAAAAUAAUAUAGAUUGUACAAUAAUACCAAAUGCUAUUUGCUCUAAUGAUGAAAUAUGUGACUGUGUGAAAAGUUUUAUCGCUAUAGAUGAAAAAACGUGUUUACCAGUGAUUGGUGGAUUUUGUUCAAAUGAUAGCCAAUGUCGCAAUAAUGCAUUUCACUGUUCUGACAAUACAUGUCAAUGUAAACCUAAUUUUUCAUCGGUAUCAGCCAGCCAAUGUGUGAUACUACAUCAAAAUCAUAAAUGUAGUGAGGACUUGGAUUGUGGUGAUCCCUGGCAUUCACAAUGUUCGACUGAUCAGAAAUGCACCUGCAGAAUUAAUAACAUUGCGAUAAAUAACUGGACAUGUUCUCCACUUAUAAAUGGGUAUUGUUGGAAAAAUGAUCAAUGUCUUGUUGAGAACUCGGUUUGUAACGAUUUUCGUUGUAAGUGCAAACCUAACUUUAUACGCGUAACCAAUAAUUUAUGUUUACCAGAUGAGUAGGAAUCGUAAAUAAUUUCAGCAGACAUUUCAGAUUUACAUCUAUUUUUUUUCUUGAUAGCGUAAUUCACAAUGAGACACAAAAUAUUUAACUAACACUGUGUUAUUACUAAGA